AUGCCCUUUGCCGGAUCAACGAUUUACGUUGACUGCCGCAUCUCCAGAUACGACCAAAGUCGGUCGCUUGUCGUUGUGGCGUUGGAGCUGGUUUUCCCAUCGCGACGGCAAAAUCGUUGCCCGCCUGAAAAUCCGAGGUCCGAAGGUUGGGCUUCCUCUCCCGCAGUCUCCGCCAUGCCCAGUUGGAAGGUCUGGCCGUCUCCGCCGCACGGCGCUCGCACUGUCUGGCUGGAACUCGUCGUGCGCGACCUGCGCGGGCUGCCGCUGUACGGCGUGCAAGAUGUAAGGGGAAGCCGUGCGGAUGUGCUGGUGCAAUGGGUCGGCAGCGGGGGGAAAUCGGGCAUCUUCCGGCGGGGGAAGAUAGAGAGGAGCUGCACCGCCCGGCAGCCCGUCUCGUUCGACGGCGCUGUCAACUGGCGGGAAGGAUUCCACCACCAGUGCAAGCUCAAGAUGGCCGACUCGCAGAGAUUCAGAAGCUGGAUCGUUGAUCUGGAGAUUCACGUAAGUUCGCCGCGUCCCCCUUCGACAUCUUCAGGAUCGUCUUCUAAGAUUGGUUUGGAAUUACCGUACCAGGUUUUUGGUUCGAUAUCAAAUGAUUAUACUUCGUUCCUCGCGAAGACUCGCCUGGAUAUCUCCAAAUUCGCAUCCGAUGAUCAGGAGAGAACUGUCGGAAUCCCCGUCAGGUGCAUAGUCAGAGGAUUCAUGGCAGAGGCUUUGCUGACGGUGAGCUUCUGAUCAUCUCAAGGCCCACAAUUUUCCUCUCUCGGCGGAAAUUUUCAUCUCCGUGGUCGUUUAUCGCAGGUCACGCUGAGAAUUUCCACCCGCCAAGCCAAGGGAAGCAUCCUCCCCGCGAUCACCAGGGGCUUGAGUCUGCGCGCUUCCUCCAGCAGGGCAUUUCCGCAUACAGAUAGCGGCGAUUCCAGACCGUCCCUAGGGAGAAUUAUGUCGUGGAAUGGAGCGAUGGGCAGAAUCCUGCCCGAGAAGGCGACCAGGGGCGCUGGCGCCACCGAGGUCAAGGGCGACCGACGGGUUCAAUCCAGGGUCGUUCCCUCCUCCUCAAUCCCCUCGCAACCUCCGGAUGAGGAGAAAGAUGGCCUUCUCAUGGUCGGCUGGUGGGAGGAGAAGACCGUGACGAGCAGGGACGGUCUGCUGGAGCUCUCCACCGAGAUAUUCUUCGCCUCCAUCGACCAGCGCAGCGAGAAGGCCGCCGGAGAGAGCGCCUGCUCCGUUCUCGCCGCAGUUUUCGCCGACUGGCUACACAGAAACCCCGGGGACCUCCCCCUCCGCUGCCAGUUCGACGAGUUGGUGCGGGAGGGAUCGUCGGAGUGGCGCAGCCUCUGCGCUGACGCCGGCCACGCCGCGCGAUUCUCCGACCGCCACUUCGACCUCGACACGGUCCUCACCGCCAGGCUCCGGCCGCUGACCGUCCUCACCGAGAAAUCCUACGUGGGCUUCUUCGCCAUGCCCGACGAGGGGACCGAGCUCAUCCAGGGAGCCAUGUCCUUCGACCAGAUGUGGGACGAAGUCGUCGGCGCAGAAGCGGGGGAAGAUCGGGUCUACAUCGCCGGCUGGAACGACCAUUUCUUUGUCCUCAAGGUGGAGAAGGAGACCAUCUACCUCAUCGACACCCUGGGGGAGAGGCUCUUCGAGGGCUGCAACCAGGCCUACAUCCUCAAAUUCGAUAGAGAGAGCAGAGUCUUUUCCAAAGAUCUGGCGGCGGACGGCGGAGGAGGCGGCGCCGCCGUCAGACACUUGGUCUGUCGUGGGCUGGGCUCCUGCAAGGAGUUCAUCAAGGGCUUCCUCGCCGCUGUGCCCCUGAGGGAGCUUCAGGAAGAGAUGGAGAGAGGCUUGACCCGGGAAGACCGCCACCAUCGCCUUCUGCAGAUCGAGUUUCACUACACAUCCCCUCUGUGA